GAUUCGCGUGCAUCCAGUGAAAUUGUUAUAGUAUUGUUGAAGGCAUAAUAUUUCAACAUCCGUAAUUUUUGCAGAGUUCAGCAGAUUAUUCUGACGCUGAUGCUAGUAGCUUGCCCCUGCCUACAAUGGAUAGCAACAGAAAUAAUGUAUUCUCCGAGAAGUUGAAGGAACAAGUGAAUGCAUCAUUCGAACGAAUUCGGAAGGCUUUGGAUCUGCGGGAGAAGUUAUUGCUACGUCAGUUAUCAGUAGUGGUUCAGCAAUCGCAUCACGUUACAUUCCAGUUCGAUAACAUUAAGUUUGUGGAUAGUGGAGAAGAGGACCUGAUCGGGCGGAUUCGAACCUACGGAAAGUACAAUAUAGACAAUUUCAACAUAAUACUUAAGGAUCCGUACGAAAACGAGGACUAUAUCCAGCCAGUGGAUGAUCAUGACCUCAUGCACAAAAGUUGCCGACGGGGUGCAAGCGACGAGGAACGUGACAAUCCGGAAAGUGAGGAAAUUGUAGUGGAGUUUUUCAGCAACAAAAGUCUAAUCAAGGAAGGAGCGGAAAUGGUCAGGGAGUCGAUCAUAAAUCUAGCUUUGAACGAAAGCAAAGAGCUGAUAGAUAGAUCGUUUGGCGGCGCGAAUGUGGGCUUCGAGUUGGAUGAAGAAUUCGAGCGAAUGAAAAUUGAUCUAACAAACUUUCGCAACCGGGAGAGAACUGUAACAGAUUCACUUUCAUCGCAAGGUGAAGGUGGAAGUGCAACUGUUGAUAUUAGCAACAACAAUAAUACUAUAUCAAAUCAGGGCGACGGCUUGGGAAUUGAUCUAACGAGAGUUGCUAGACAACAGCAGUAUAUGAUAACGAAGGCAUCUCAGACGGAGCUGGAUAAAGCUGGCAGACACAAUAGUAGUAUUACAGCAACUAGUAGUGAAACGGAUCGUAGCCUAGUGGUAAAAAGCAGUAGCAAAAAUACGGAGAAGAAUCUUAAAAACGUUUCCGCUCUUACCAUGAACAACUGUGGUGGCACCAUCAAUCUUAAGAAUGUGACAAACUUAACUAUUAAUACAUGUGCGGAAACUCCACCUUCGAAAACGGCUGUCAGCAACCCACCGGCUCCACGUUGUCCAUCGGAGGAGGGCAGUCCCGAGUGUGGCUUCUACAAGCGACUCAUCACAGAGAACAAAAUCCUUCGUCAGCACAUUCUGAAAACGAGUCUGGCCAAUGCCAAUGUCCCCGCACCGGAUUCCCAGUCGUCCACCUCCAGCACGUCUGAGUCCCCGAAGAGUGAACCUUCGGCCACAGUGAAUUCAUCGAGUAGCAGUGCUUCUGACUGUAAAUCGCAACGUCUUCCACUGACGGCAGCCGAACUUCGGGCCGUCCUGAAUCUACCCCAGCAUGAUGACACCCUAACGCAAGUGCUUGGCGAUCUAUUCGCCCUGGCAUCGCCAACAACGGCCACAGCAGUGACAGCAGCCGCCAUGGGAACAGCGGAACCGGCCAGUCAGGAACACACCAUGCAAAUUCAACAGUGGCUCAAGCAGAUUAUAUCCGAAACGGAAACCGAGCCACUGCAGAAUGCCGAGAUGAUGGAGUUUAGUCACAUCAACAACUAAGGCUUCAUCAGUGUCCAGUGAUGCUCGCUUAGGAUCCUAGGUAAGGCCUCAAACGGCUAGACUUAUUAAGUACGUGUUUAAUUUUACAUCAACUCAUCGGAUUUUAGUAGCUUAUUUUCAGCUGAGCUGAUUUGUUAAAUUUAUAAGUUCCUAUAUAAUAAUUGCAUUCGGAUGACAAUCAUUUAUGAUACCUAUGUAUCGUAAAACUUGAUGUUAGCGAGCAAUAUGUACUGCGUAGCACCAGAUUGAUUGAAACAUUUAAACGAUCUUAUUAAUUUUGCGGCAACACAACUGAAACAUCUAAAAGGUUCUACCUAAGUUUUUUUUUUGCAGAAAAUGUGAACUACUUUGGGGUGAAAUUCCGGUAGAGGAUGCCUGUAUGAUAAAUGUUUAUUUAAUGAAUAAGCAAUGCUUUGUUAAUCGUCAAAUGAUAAUUUUACCCCCACUUCCCCUAGAAGAUGUAAGAUUACUAAUAGAUUCUCAACUAAGACACAACCAACAUAUUCUGGAAUAUUGUUAUGGGAUUUGGAUUCAAAUGAGCUAAAAAAUAACCUAAUUCGGAAUGCCACGAUUAGUCCGUAGAAGAUUUUUUGUAGAUAGAUUCGAUUGCGUGAAAUUUUCCAACCUUUCAGUAUUGAAGCUUGGAUGUUCCCUUCGGAGAGGGUUUUUUAUUUUAUUUUAUUCACUAGUUAUAAAGAGUCACACGACUCCCAGAAUAGGGAGGAUUGUCACUUUACUAUAGCAGUUCCACGCCAAAUGACGAAUCGAUCUGAUGCGACCUGCUCCGAUUUGCAUAAAACUUUGAAUAAUAAUUUAUUUAGUUAGCUGCUUUUUGCUAGAAAUCGACGUGAAAUAAUAAGCUUGGGUGCUAAAAUGUAAAAAUCUUUAUUUCAUAGUUGGUCUAUACAGAGGCCUCGCUUGUUGUGAUCGCGUCGGUGCCUACGUGACACUUUUUGCUGCCCUCAGCAUAAACCACAAUCGUCCGUUCUACGAACUUUGGAUCGAUUGCGCUUUAUGCUGAUCUUGCUCGCAUGAAGGCCCGUAUCCACCACACGCCCUAUAUAAUUAAAUUAAAAAAAAAUAUGAUCUAAAUGUAUUUAUGUUUUGAAUGUUUUUUUUUGUUAUGAUUCGAAAAUAAAGUUUGCUUGUUUGAUAUUUAGCUCCUAUCAUGUAAGUUAUUGUAUUUGAAUGUAAUAGUGAAUAUGUAAUGGAUUACGGUUAACGACUGUAGUCAAUUUUAUUUGUUUAUACGAAAGCUAGAAGAUACUGAGAGGUAAACACAUAUCAUCGGUAAGAGACGUGUGUGUGAGAAAAUUUGCGAAAAAAUCUAAGGGCACUGGUGGGAUUCGAACCCACAGUUCCCAUUCAGUACACGGGUGCAUUGCCAAUUAUACAACGGUGGAUCUAUGGUCUACGGAUGUAUUUGGCUAAUGACAUUUGAGUUUCGAAUCCGUUUCCUUCCCUAGUCUUUUUUCGCAAGCGUUCUCUAAUACACACCAAUCGUCUAUUACCGACCGCACCACUCAGUAUCGGUAGAUGUGAACAAACGCAGCUCGUAUGUAUGUAAUAUUGCAUAUAAUCUUAAAUUGAGAAAAUUCUUGUUAUAUUUAUCUAUCCACCAUAUGCCCAUGUACGUAAGGACAUAUAUAUUAAACACUAGGCUUCACAUAUUAAUUAAUAACAAAAGUUUUUUUUUAUUAUUAUUUAUAACGUAACUCAUUCUAUGGGGAUAAUCACUUUAGCAUAGCUAGGAGCCUCAAUUUUAUCUCAUUUACCUCUGUUGACAGAGUGGCAGAUGUUACAGGAAUUGCUUCUACCUGUGGGUUGGAUACUAGCUCUGCCUCAGAUGCUGAUGAUCUGUCUGCACUUAAACCCCCAAAUGGAAUUUUACCUCCUGAUUUCACAAGGUAGCUAAGUGUUCCAACUCUGCCCGUCAAAUCAGAUAGGGUUGAAAUAAGGGAGUUGGGAUCCUGUGAAGCAUCACGUAUUGUAUCAAAGAACUUGUUGAUGGGUCAAAGAGGGAUAUUUGUACAGUUUCCACUCUUGAUGAUUUCACUCUGUAUUAUAGCAUAAAGUCGUCAUCGCUUAGGAAUUUAGUAUUUGUUAUUUCUUCCCUAGGUCUGAGAAACAAAGAAGCAUAUGUAUCGCUAAGCCAUCGGUCAAGAAACACCCUACAUGCUCCGUCAUGCCAGAUUCCGAGCUUUUUAACAUGAGUCAUAAAUAUUAAGUCUAUAGCGAACUGGUAAAACCGGGAAAUAUCCGGGAAUUUGAAAAGUAACCGGGAAAAAUCCGGGAAUUCGAUGAGAGAACCGGGAAAAAUAAAUUAAUCACACCAUAGGAAUAAAUUUUCACACCAGAAUUUCAGAAUAAACCAUUAAAACAGUGAUUUUUUACCUCUUAUGUCUUUAUUUUUUUUCUUCAGAUUCUCGCCUUAUUGUUUUUAGAAUUUAAUCACUCAGCAAUAUUUCAAAUUGAUUUUUCCAAUUCAAUUUCAGAUGUAAAGUGCAUGGGCCUUGAAACAAAAUAUUGAUGAUGCUUGAACUAUUCUUUUUUCGGGUUUUAAUUUUAUUAAAAAUUCUCAUGAUAUGAAUUCCAGAAUGAACUUGGAAUUCUGCUCUGAAUUAUUGUAGAAAUCUUUUAAAAUUAACCAGAAAACACUCUGCGUAAUAAUUACCAUUGAAUUCUUUUUGGAAUUUCCUUGAAACCCCUUCUAAGAAAUUGUUUGGAAUCCGUCUUAGAAUUCCCUUAAACCCUUUCAAAAUUUUCUUUUACUCUAGCAUAAAUCUUUCGAAAUUUGAAAUUAUUUAGAAACCGCUUGGAGUAUUUUAAUUAUUAGCAAUUUUUUUUAAAUAAAUUUUGUUGGAGCUCUUUAAUGAAUCAUUCACUAGGGUUGAAAUUAUCGCCUGAACACUCUUAGAACUCUGUUUCUUGUUGUAUUCUCAUCAUAAUUCUCUUGGGAUUCUUAAAAAAAAUAUCUAAUAAUUUAAUUUAGAUUUUGCAAUCCUCUCCACAGAAAUCCCUCCAAAUUCUUCUCACAAUUUCUAAGGACUUCAUAUCAGAAUGAUUCUGGAAUUCUGCUCAGAACUUCUUCUUCGAAAACUAUGUGGGAUCCUCCUCAAUAGUUUUUUUGAAAUCAAUACCUUGAAUACCUUUAAAUUUUACUGAAAAUUCCAGGGUUUGUUCACAAGAUUCUAUCGAUUGUUCUGUAAUUCGUUUUAACACUUAAAAUACUUUCAAGUCUCAGAGCCUUGACAAUUAUGACUGCACGACUAUUUAAUAAAUAUGAUUUUUUUUUUCAAAUCUGUCAUCUUGGAAAUUUUUUAAACUCUCACAUUUUAACUAUUUUUUCUCCAAAUCUUGCAUCACGAAGAUUAUUAUUAAUCCCAAAUUUUGAAGAAAAGUUCUAUUUUCAAACCCUACACAAAUUUCAAAGCCCCAGAAUCUUGGGAAUCUAUCUUUUUAGUAAAUAAUCUUUCAGUGAAUACACAUCUUCAUUAUCCGAUAUCACUAUCAAUUUGCUCUUAUUCUCAUUUGUACCAAGUUCAUUUUUCUGAAACAUUUUUUUUAAUUAAAUCUCUUAUUCUGCACAAUUCACCUAUUAUAUAAUUCAUACAGAUAGCAUUUGGCCCAGUAACCUUAAUCUCUGUAAUUCAAUAAAUUCUAGGGCUUGAAUCAUAAGAUGUAUCGAUCAUAAAGUGGUAGAAUUCGAUUUAUCAAAGUAUCUCGAAAGACCAAUAAAUUGUUUUGAAUACAUUAAGUGACUCAUAGAGUUGAUUUUUUGCUAUAGCUUUAGAAAAC